AACCAGGUGCGCGGGUCUACGAUCUCUACAGAAGUUCCCCACCCACAAAGGUGUGACAACGAAAUUGUGUGCCUUAGGGAGCAGUCACCCGUUCGACUCCCGGUCGGGUCGAGGAUCAUUGCCGUGUACAGAGGCGAAGAUGAGCCGGUUGAGAAAGUUGUCGCUGACGACAGGCAACAGUUCUAUUCAGGAGUGCUGGCCGAAGCACCCAAGAUGAGCAACAAAUACAGAUACCUGGUGUUCUUCGACGAUGGCUACACGCAGUACGUGCACCACGCCAACAUCCGGCUGGUUUGUGAGACGUCGGCCAAAGUGUGGGACGAUGUGGACCCGGAGAGCCGCCAGUUCAUCAAGGACUACCUCACCCGCUACCCGGAGAGACCCAUGGUCAAGGUGCAGCUACAUGAAAUUGUCAAGACUGAGUGGAACGGGCGUUGGUGGGUGGCCCGAGUGCAGGAUAUUGACGGUUCCCUGGUGAAGAUGCACUUCGAUGCGGACGACCGGACCGAAUGGAUCUAUCGGGGUUCCACCCGGCUGGGUCCGCUCUACCUGGAGAUCACGGCCGCCAAGAACCGGCAGACUGGCAGGAACCGGCAUGCGUCAUAUCUCAAACGGCAAGCUCAGUAUGUUGAAUACACACAGAACGUCGAUGAUAAUGAUAACAACUCAGAUGAUGACGUCCAAAUAGUGGAGCCGACCGGGUCGCAGACGCAGGCAGCACAAGGGGGCCAGGGUCAGGUGAGGUCAGUGGCGCGCAAGAGCACCGCCAACCGCGCCCAGCCUGUGCUGGAGGGAGGUGAUGGCGGCGACAUUGUUUACCACCGGGUGGGACCCAUCGAUGCUUCUAUCAAACCCAAGCAUUUUGUGCUGCAGAAUCAUCCCGGACAGAUUGUCAAAGUGGACAUGUCGAGUUUUCCGAAGCCGAAGCAGUUUGUGAACCACGCGUGUGGCAAUCAUUGUGUGGCCUGGACUGGGUACACAGAUGUCCACUCCAAGGAGAUACCUGGCUUGCAGAGGCCGCUCAAGUUUGGCUUUCAAAGACUGUUCUACACGAAGAAAAGCAAGCCUUUUGUGGCGUAUAUAGGUCCCUGCGGCAGGAGGCUGCGAAACAUGGAUGAAAUGGUCAAAUAUCUGUUCAAGACGAGGUCUGAGUUGGCCUGCGACUUUUUCGACUUUGAUCCGUGGGUGUCCUGUGUCAACCAGUAUAAGCUGCACUCUGUCAAGACAUCCAUCAAGGAUCUGUCGUACGGCAAGGAGAAUAUAUCCAUAGAGUGUGUGAACUAUGUAGAUACCACUUACCCGGAUUUUGUAUAUUACCAGACUGAAAGGAGGGCCAUGGAAAAUGUUAACCUAAAUCUGGACCCUGAGUUCCUUUCUGGAUGUGACUGUACGGAUAACUGCCAGGACCGCAGUAAAUGCGCGUGUUGGCAGUUGACUAUUAAUGGAGCAAAGGGGGUGCCUGGUUCGGAUUUCGACGAGAAUUCAAUAGGAUACCAGUAUCGGCGAUUACCGGAGAGAGUGGUCAGCGGCAUAUAUGAGUGUAAUUCACAAUGCAAAUGCUCGAAAACGUGUAUGAAUCGUGUGGUGCAGUUCCCCAUCAGCGUGAAGCUUCAGCUGUAUAAAACCCUGAUGAAGGGAUGGGGCAUGCGGUGCUUACACGAUAUACCUCAGGGAAGUUUCAUAUGUAUCUAUGCUGGGAACCUGCUCACAGAACAGGCUGCCAAUGAGGGAGGUAAAACCUAUGGAGAUGAGUACCUGGCUGAGUUGGAUUUUAUUGAAGUGCUGGAAAACUUGAAGGAUGAUUACGAAAGUGACGUCACCGUUUUGUCCGAUGACGAACCGCAAAUCACAGAAAAUGAAGACAAGAAGAACAGAGGUAAGUUAAAAUUAACAUUUAUAUUCCAAACAACUUACUAG